AUGCGACCCCGGCUGUGGAACGCGCCGGCGGUCAUCGGCCCCGUCGCGCUGGUGAUGGCCGCGCUGCUGAUCGUCUCCGCAUGUACCCGUGAAUCCGCGGACGCUGUCGACUUCGCGGCCACGCAGGAGCCUGCGGACCAGCGGGAACAGAUCACUUCCCUGCAGAUCCGCACCUUCGACGAGAUGUGGACGCUGCUGCGGGACCACUACGUCUACGGCAAUUUGCACGGCAUCGCCUGGACCGAGUUGCGCGAACGCUAUCGGCCCCUGGUGGUGAACCUCCUGUCGCGGGAGGACUUCCCCGACACGGUGCGGCAGAUGCUGGACGAAUUGCCGCCGCUCGCCGCGCGCUGGGAGACACGCAACGAGCGCAUCCGGGAAGAGCUGGAGGACCCCUCCGCGUACGAAGGGAUCGGCGCCUAUGUCGCCUUUCGCGAAGAGCCUACGCCCCGCAUCAUCCUGCUGUCCGUGAUGCCCGGCUCGCCCGCGGAUCGGUCGGGACUGCGCCCCCACGACGCGGUGAUCGCGGUCAACGGCAUUCCGGUGCGGCGCGAGGAGGGCCCGGAUGCGGUUUCGCGCAUCCGCGGACCGGCUGACCAGCCGGUGCGCCUGCGUGUCAGCUCGUUCGACCGUGACCAGCGCGACGUGAUCGUGAUACGCGGCCGCGUACAGCUCUCCGAGGUGCUGAACCCGCUCAGCUACGGCCGGCUGGAGCCCGGCAGCGUCGGCUAUCUGCUGUUUCCCCGAGUCUCCUCCGAGAAUCUGGUGACAGAGACGGUACGCAGUCUCGAGGCACUGUUGGCUGGCGGGGACGUGAGCGGCAUCAUCCUGGAUCUGCGUAUCGCCAGCGGGCUGCGGUGGCCCCUGGUGCCGCUGCUGUCGCUGUUCUCCGAUGGCGACCACGGCGCGAUCUCAACACACCGCACGCAGGGUUGCACCACACGCAAAGCAGCUCGACAGGAGUCUAGGACCUGA